AUGGCUUUGGCCAAUAUUCCGAUGCUUCUUUCUCUUCUGAUGGCCUUGUUUGGAGUCUGCUUUGGGGAGGUUUACCAAGUGGGUGACUCUAGCGGAUGGACAGACAAAGCUGUUAACUAUACGAUCUGGGCAUCAUACAGAAACCUCACCGUUGGGGACGUUCUUCAUUUCAAGUAUGACAAAAAGGAGAACAAUGUGGUGAGAGUGUUACAUAAAGCAUUUAGGACAUGCAACCCAAAGCAUGAAGUCUACAGGCUGCACACCGGAGAUGAUUAUAUACGCUUAAAUAGACCUGGAAACUUCUUCUUCAUCUGUAGUGUCAACGGACAUUGCCGCUCCGGCCAGAAACUUCAUGUUACCGUUUCUAAGUCAGUUCCAAGUGUCAGUCCUGGAACAGCCCCAACCCUAUCACAGGUACCGGUUUCCAGCCCACCAUCUUCUACAGCCACCCCCGUUGCUGCCCCGAAAGCUGCUCCCAUUGCCGCCCCAAAAGCUGCACCGACUGCCGCUCCCGCUGCGGCCCCUAAAGCUGCACUGACUCCUAAAUACGCCCCCACUCCUUCCCCUACAACUCCUUAUGGACCACCAAGUGAAGACUUUCCUCCUGAUGUUCCCUUAGAACUGAACCCAGCGCCUAAGGCAGCUCCUCCCAACCCGCCCAAGAGCAGUGCUCCAUCCGUUCAGUCUUCUAUGUCAUUCUUGAUGGCAACGCUGUUUAUUGCCUUUAUUGUGGUCUAA